AAGGCGUCCCGCCCUCCCGCAGGUAAUGAGCACUGUACAACAGGUGUUUGCACCUCAGUCCCCAGCCUGCCCUGGCUGCGACAGGAGGCAGCCGCCCGCCGCUCGCCUCCCCUCCAAGGCUCACUCGCUCAUCCCUGGGCCCUCCAGCUCCCAGGCCGGGGGGCCGCCAUGGCCUGCCACUCCUGCGUUGUUGGCUUCAGCAGCCUCAGCGGCUGUGAGGUGACCCCAGCGGGCAGCCCCCGGCCUGGAAUAUCCGGAUGGGGCAGCUGUGGGCCCCCUGUGCCAGGCUUCAGCUCGCGCAGCCUCACAGGCUGCUGUCCGGCUGGCACCAUCCCGAAGGUGACCGUGAACCCCAGCCUGCUGGUGCCCCUGGACCUCAAGGUGGACCCAGCCAUCCAGCAGCAGAAGAACCAGGAGAAGGAGGAGAUGAAGGUCCUCAACGAUAAAUUUGCCUCCCUGAUUGGCAAGGUACAAGCCCUGGAACAGCGCAACCAGCUACUGGAGACCCGCUGGAGCUUCCUGCAGGGGCAGGACUCGGGCACCUUCGAUCUGGGGCACCACUAUGAGGCCUACCAGGGCCGACUGCAGGAAGAACUGCGCAAAGUGAGCCAGGAGCGGGGACAGCUAGAAGCCAACCUGCUGCAGGUGCUGGCGAAGGUGGAGGAGUUUCGAAUCAGGUAUGAGGACGAGAUCUCCAAGCGCACAGACCUGGAGUUCACCUUUGUCCAGCUGAAGAAGGACCUGGAUGCCGAGUGUCUUCGACGGACUGAACUGGAAACCAAGUUAAAAGGCCUACAGAGCUUUGUGGAGCUGAUGAGAACCAUCUAUGAGCAGGAGCUGAAGGACCUGGCAGCCCAAGUGAAGGAUGUGUCAGUGACGGUUGGCAUGGACAGUCGCUGCCACAUCGACCUGAGUGGCAUCGUGGAAGAGGUGAAGGCCCAGUACGACGCCAUCGCGGCCCGCAGCCUGGAGGAGGCGGAGGCGUACUCGCGGAGCCAGCUGGAGGAGCGAGCUGCACGCUCGGCAGAGUUUGGGAACAGCCUCCAGAGCAGCCGCUGCGAGAUCGCUGACCUCAACGUGCGUAUCCAGAAGCUCCGGUCCCAGAUCCUCUCGGUCAAGAGCCACUGCCUGAAACUGGAGGAGAACAUCAAGGCAGCCGAGGAGCAGGGGGAGCUGGCCUUCCAGGACGCCAAGGCCAAGCUGGCCCAGCUGGAGGCCGCCCUGCAGCAGGCCAAGCAGGACAUGGCACGGCAGCUGCGCGAGUACCAGGAGCUCAUGAACACCAAGCUGGCCCUGGACAUCGAGAUCGCCACCUACCGCAAGCUGGUGGAGGGCGAGGAGAGCAGGAUGGACCUGCCCUCAGCCACCGUAGUCAGUGCUGUGCAGUCCAGGCCUAGAGUCGCUGCCUCCAAAUCAGCCCGCUGCAAGGGCUCCUUCCGGAAGAAGAGGAACCGCAGAGGCCCCGUGAUCAAAAUCACCGAAAUGUCAGAGAAGUACCUCUCCCAGGAGUCUGAGGCCUCAGAGUGAGGCAGCUGACCCCGGCAGCCCCAGGUCACUCCCAUCGCAGCAGGUGGGACUUAAGCUGGGCUCCAGACAGCAGCUUGGAGCCUCCAGGUCGGAAGGGGAGACAAGACCCGAUGCUGAACUGAAAGAAGAGUUCCAACCAGAGGCUCCCUUCUUGAGGUUCCCCGGGUGGAGGGGAGCGUCCCUAGCUCUACCCACUGUCAAUGUCUCAUUGUCCCCCCUUGCCACCUUCUGGCCACAGGUUUUCCUGGCUGGGUAAACUGGAACUUGGGGUCCUCCUUGCUCCUCUGAGGUUCUUCCUCCAGCACAGGGCUUAGACCCUGGUGCUUCAAGUCCUCUGUCCAAUGCUUGCCCUCAACUCCUCUCUCCAGCCUUGCCUUGCCUCCACCUAGAACCAAGGUUGCUGCCCUUGCCCCCAGCCCAGGCUCUGGGCUGAGUUGAGAGGGCCACUCAGGCCCUAUCCUGUAUCUGGAGUCCCUGGGGAGGUGGGAUGCUGAGGAUCCCUGGCUUUCCUGCACUUGGGCUCCCCAGACACCUGACAGUAUUAGGGAGUGGAGGGAGGAGGCCCUGGGGGUCAGAGGCCUGAGUCUGAACCUCAGAAAGCCGCCCAGCUGAACCCUUUUCCCUUUGGUCCCUCCCAGGAGAUCAAAGGCAGAACUCCCUCACUCGGGCCCCUGCCAGCUCCCUCCAGAAGCUAUGCUGGCCAACGUCAGCUCCCUGGGAGCAGAAACCAAAUGGCAGUCUGAUACCAGGCAGGAGAAUUAGACCCACUCUUCACCUCCCUGUUAUUCUAGGGCUCCCCACAGGGCCUGGUAUCUGAGCUCUCUGCCCCCAGCCCAGUUCUCUCCCACCUCAUCACCUGGCUCUGGUGUACCAGGCCCUGGAGACCCCCUAGCCCCACCCUGCUGUGACUCAUGUCCCAGGGAUCCCACUUCUCAGGCCCCUGUUCUCCUCUCCACUGGACCAGUCUGGCCUUCCCCUCUUUUUCAUUCACUGAGGAACCCAGAACACCCUACACCUGUGGGCUUCUAGCUCUUUCUUUUCUUCCUCCUCUGGACCCUCCUUCUCUCCAUGCCUCCUUUCCCCGCCUCCAGCAGGCCAUGAAGGAGGUACAGUCCAGGCAGCUCCGGGAGCCUCUGAGCCCUUGAGGUUAGGCUGGGGUGCCCCCAAUGACAGCCUUAAAACAGCUCAACCAAAGAGAAAAACAUGCAGCCACAAGAUCUGGGGUGGGCAGGAGUGGCCCUGUUUCCUCUCUGAGAUCUCACCUUUAGGGUUUGGAGGGGGACCCUGUCAGCAACAGCUUCCCACAAGCCACCUUCUCUCCUCCCCUCCCAUCUCCUCUACUCACCCCUCUCCUCACCUCCUCUUCUGCCUAUCUCUGCUCUCCUCUCAUCUUCCAGGACCAGAUGCCCUAGGGCCUCAGCCCCUCCUAGGCCUUAAGGUCCUCCAAGCCUGUUGGGGGCGCUGAUGGUCUCCCACCCCAGGUCAGCAGGAACUCAGCUAUAUAUACUCAUCCCUGAAGUCCCCAAAGAGGGUGCUCACUGCUGCUUUCUCUCAGGCUAUUUAUUGGUUUCCAAGGGAGCAAAUCCUCAGUGGGUAUAUGAGAUAUAUAAGAUAUAUAUUAUUUUUUCAUAACUUAUGUGGCUUUUAACUUAUUGCUUCCCUUACUGUUUCUGCAUGAGCAGUGCUGUAUGUAAUAUCUGGAUUUUAGAUAAACAUAUCCCAGCCACCCCACCUGACUGGCUGACUAGCUUGGGCCAAUGCCCCCUCUCCCUGCCAAGGGAUGAAUAAAGUGUUGAGAUUUGUCCAUGA